UGUUGCAGGGGGCUCACCCACAUUAUGUAGACUUUUUUUGCGUCUCCAGCAGUUUUCGGCCAGGAUCCAAGCUCUCUUUGUAAAGUUCUUCUCGUCCAUGGCGCGUGCCUUUCCUCAUGUAUGGAAGGAAACUGUAGGGUCUUCCCAGGAGGUCAGGCACGCGGAUAUGGAUUUCUCCACAGUACCAACCCUGCUUCAGGCAACCUAUGGGCCAGAUGCAGACUUACUGAAAGCUGCUGAGAAUGAGUUGGAAAAGUUUUCCGAAGUGUCUGGAUUUCCCUCAUGCCUUUUCCAAAUCGUCACCAGUGGAGACGCAGAUUUGGCUCUUCGGCAAGCUGCUGGUAUCUACUUGAAGAAUCUGGUGGAACGCCAUUAUAAAGUGCGUGAAAAACGGCCCGGGGAGAAGCAGCCGUUUGAGUUGGCGCAAGCUGACAAAGCAACCUUGCGCCAGCACAUUGUUGAAGCAGUCAUCGUUGUACCAGCUCAGGUUCGUAAAUUGUUGGAAGCAUGCGUUGGUCGUAUGGUGGAGAGCGACUUCCCCAUGAUUUGGACCGACCUGGCUGAGAAGAUUGUUGUAUGCCUGUCGUCGGCCCAAGACUCUACGUGGCUCGGAGCGUCACUAUGUGCACUGCAGCUUUCCAAGCGAUACCGCUGGAAGCAGGCGUCAGAACGUAGUGAAUUCUAUAGAGCUAUGGCAGUGAUUCUGCCUUUGCUGCGCCAGCACUUGACUAGCCUCAUACCCAACCAGUCCGAGGCUUCUGUCCUCAUUCAGAAGACCAUCGUAAAGGUUUUCCACCACAUGAUUGAGAUGAGCCUGCCGCUAGAUAUCUUAAAUGAAGAGCUCAGCCAUUGGUUUGCUUGCUUCCGUGCUAUUCUCGUCCUGGAUGUACCAGCUGAAACCCUGGAAGAGGAAGAGGAGAGUCGCAGUGAUUUGAUUUGGUGGAAGCUACGGCGAUGGACGGCGGACACGCUAGAGAUUCUGUUUGACCGCUACGGCUGCCCGCUUCAGGUCGGCAAGAAGUACAAACAGUUCGCACACGAAUACUGCAGCAAGUACAACGUGGAUGUGCUCGGUGCUCUGCUGACUGUGUUGGAUAAGUACCGAAAAGGUGGUUACGUUGCACCCAUCGUGCUCUAUCACUGCCUUGGCUAUCUGAAACUGGCAGUGCGGCAUGCUGCUUCAUGGAAGCGUGUUCUUGCCAAGCAAGCUGAUGUGCUCGUGCAAGAGGUUGUCUUUCCUCUGCUCUGCUACUCCGACGCUGACGACGAACUGUGGCAAGAUGACCCGUACGAGUACAUUCGCCUGCAUUACGAUGCAUUUGAAGACUACACCAACCCGGUAACAGAAGCCCGUCACUUGGUGGAGACGAUGUGUAGUAAGCGGCAGGGCAUGCUUCAGCGCGUCAUGGAAUUCUGCAGCCAAGUGCUGAUGAAGACCGACAACCCACGGCACAAGGACGGUGCAUUACAUCUGGUGGGUAUCUGUCAUGAAAGCAUCCUUAAGAAGAAGGCACUGCGACAGAUCAUGGAACCACAGCUGCUGGUUGCGCACGUCGUGCCGUCCUUCACUGCUCCUGAGGGUUUUCGCCGUGCAAGAGCCUGUUGGGUUCUGCGUAUGUUCUCAGGGCUGAAGCUCAGUCAAGACACACUGACAGCCUGUGUGCAGUUUGUCCUGCAUUCAUUGACCAGCGAGAAUGAACUGCCAGUGAAGAUCGAAGCAGCUCUAGCACUCCAGGACUUCCUCAUUGGCGCCAAGCAGGCCGAGGACAUCAAGACCCUACUGCGCAAUGACAUUGUCACCAUUGUACAGGGCCUGCUCACUACACUGCAACAGUGUCGCAAUGAGGAGCUGACCGCUGUCAUUGAGACCGUCAUCAACGUCUUUGACGAGAUCAAGGGUGUGGCUGUCGAGCUCACACGCCAUCUCGUUGCUUCGUUUGUGUUGAUUGUACGUCCAGAAGAGGACAACGAAGAUCAGGAGACUGCCGAUUUGGAAGCUGACGGUGGUUACAAAGCACUGACUGCGAUGGGUGUUCUCGACUGUAUCAAGAAUAUUGCAGCCAAUUAUGAGGACGAGCAAGAGAUCCUGGCUGGCAUGGAGAAUGAGUGCUUGCCGCUCAUGCUGCUCGUUCUGGAGAAGAGUAUCACCGACUUUUACGAGGAGGUCUUUGAUCUGGCCGAAGGCUUCAUUGGUACAACUGUCUCAGAUAAGAUGUGGUCACUGUUUGAGGUCCUAUGCCACUGCAUCGUACGCGACGCCAUGGAUUACUUCCCAGAUAUGUGUCCCUGCUUGCACCUUUUCUUGACGACGGACAAGGAGGGCUUUGGCGCUGUACCCGAUCGCCUGAAGCUGCUUGUCCAGGUCCUGCAGAAGGUCUUGGCAGAUUCUGGUGAUGAGGUGUCACCAGCAACGGCGUGCCGCCUGCUAGAGGUUGCCAUUGUCCAGUACCCCGGUGCAUUUGAUAGCCAAGCCAUCAAGCUUCUCGUGGAGACUGCUAUCGCGCGCCUGCAGGAGACAGAGGAUGUCAAGUCUGCUAGUCUGCGCACCGCAACACAGCAAGUGAUCCUAGCACUGAUGUACUGCCAGACCGAGUCUCUUCUACAGGUCCUGGAACAGCAGGGCAUCACACAGCAUUUCCUUGCCCAGUGGCUACAGGACGUCGCGAUCUACGAAGGCAUUCAUGGCCAUAAGCUCUCUGUCCUGGCUGCUUGCCGUCUCCUACUCCUUCCUUCUGGCUCGCGUCCUGACGCACUCAACGUCAUUGCCCCGCACCUGCUGCCGAAGAUGAUUGACGUGUUUGGUCGCUUGACUAAACUGUAUGAAGAGCAGCGCAAGAUGGAGAACGAGGCUGAUGAAAUGUCUGACGAGGAGGAGGAUGAAGAGUACGAGGAAGAGAGUGAGGAAGAACUAGACGAUGACGCUGAUGACCUCGACGCUGAUGAUCCUGAUGCGGGCAUGCAUCUGUCGGACGAAACCGGUGGAGGUGUUGCUGACGACGACGACGACGAUGAUGACGACCUGGAUGAUGAGUAUAGCUGGAUGGAGACGGGCUUGGAUGCGGAAGAUGAUGAUGCCACUGAUGCUUACUUUGUGUUCGUGGAGACCAUGAAAAUGGUGGAAGCAUCGGAUGCCGCCUGGUAUGGCCGAGUAAUGUCAGAGCUCACAGCUGAGCACCAAGGUCACCUGCAAGAGGUUAUGCAGCUGGCUGGUCAUCGGAAAGCUGAGCGCGACUCUGAGCGUAUCAAGGCAGCUGGUGGAUACCAGUUCAACACUCAACAGGUGCCGACCACCUUCAAUUUUGGCUAGAAUUUGAUACUAUUUUUAUCUCUAUUAUUUUUAGACGGCCUUUUUGACGAGAAGAACAUCGCGUACAGCCACAAGCUCUGUGUGUGUGUGUGUGCUGGUGCUGGUUAUGUCUGUUCAUGGUGCAGGUGAUAACAGAUGAGUGACGUUGAUGUCAGUACUCAGCACUGUAUUGCCAUGUGAUGUACCCUGGGCCGGGGGAUCAUGCAAGUUACCUGUCGUUGUACGUACAUGUACUAUGUUCAUGGUAACGUACAUGCUGAUGCUGAUGUACAUGAUGAUGCUGACGCUGCUCGUUUACUCUUGGCUUGAAAGUGAUUAUGUCAAAAUUCAACAAAAUUAUAGACAUCUGGCCAAUUUAUGGCCAAGUUGCGUAUGACCAAGUUCUGAUCUGCCCGUACAACACA